GCCUUGAAAUCUUGCAUUGAAGGAAAGCAAAACUUCACCUUUUCUUUUUUAUUAAUUCAACUACAAUAGAGAAAAUUAAACAACAAGAUAAUGCACAGAGGAAAGCCAAGAAUGAGUGAUGGUUACUAUGAAAACCAAAGCCGUAAUUUUCAGAGUUCCAAGUACAGUGGGAGUAAUCGAUAUUAUCGCGACAGAGAUCCAUCGCCAAAAAGAGUAGGACAGCGUUCAGUAUCACCUGAUGCCUCACCAAAAGAUGGUAGAGACCGAUAUCAUCAAAGUUCUAGUUACAGAAAUAAAGAUCGCGAGCGAGAAUAUAAAAAAGAAAAAUAUUCCGAUAAAAGAGGCCGUGACAGGGAAAUGGACUACAAAAAUUAUAGUAAAAAAGCAAAAACCCGAGACCGGUCAAGUUCUGAGGAUGAGCAUAAAGACUCUGAUAAUAGAUUAUAUGACAAGAUGCGUGAUAGACGUGGAUGCGAGAAAGAAAAAAGAUUCGGUGACUGGAAAGAGAUGAUUAGCAAAGGAAGUGGCAAGAAGUAUUAUUACAAUGAAAGAGACAAAUCAUCGCAAUGGGAGAAGCCAGAAGAAUGGGCUGAAUAUGAAAUGACGAGAGAAUAUUCGUCGGGGCGGGGAUAUCGUGAUAAAGAACGAGAAAGGAAGAGUCGUGAUGAUCGAUACAAUAGCGGAAAUAUAAGAAGAAGUUAUAGUAGUAGCAAACAUUCCCGAGGAAGUUCUCGUGCUCGAUGGCCUCAUGAUUCCUAUGGAGUACAACCAUCAACAAGCUCAUCUUUGGGUCAUCAUAAACGUAAUGAUGAAAAUGCGGAAAUGGAUAUAAGUCCAGAUUCAACGCCAAACUCGGAACCGAGUUAUUGCUCUCCCACUGCCAGUAAUCAGCACGCAAAUAGUUCAAAUCUCAACAUAAAUCAUGAAGAUUCAAUAGCAUCGUCACCUAACGGUCACCAUAAACAAUCGUCUGUGAACUCAACCAACCAUCAGCUACAUCAUCAAAUAUCGAAUACAUCUACGACGUCAAUAAGCUCUGGAAAUCGUAUUUUAUUAAAUGCUCAUAAGAAUGCUACAACAACGUCCUCAUCACCACCAACAGCUCACAAUUAUUCAUCAUAUCUUUCUUCCCAUCACCAUCGUUCUAAUCGUUCAACGUCUCCAAGUGAAAUUAAUUCUUCACUUCUUCAUAAUAGUUCCGGUCAUGAUGCGAGCAAUGCUCAUCCCAAUUCUAAUAGUUUAAGAAAUUCUCCAUCUUAUGGUGGUGGCACAAACAAUGUUACAAAUUCUAUUAAUUCAGUGAAUCGUUUGGAGAUGAACAAUAGCGAUCAUUUAAUUGGUGAUGGACCACCGACGCCUGAAAUGGAUCUUAAUUGUGCUAGUGAUCACAAGAGAAUUGAUGCAACUACUAACAUGAACAGCUUACAAAGUGUCAUGUGUGGUACACAAAUUUCAAACAGAUUGAAUCCUUUGACUCCAAGUUUAGCAAAGUUUUUUCGUGCUGACCUGAUAACUCAUGUAAACAAUUGGCCAUCUGAGAUGUUAGAGAAGCAAGCACAAAAAUGCGCCGAAGAAGUUUAUCUGCUUGGUGAUCUUGAAUGUAGUCGAAUUUCAGCUGAAAUUCAAUGUGCAAGAAGUAUUGUAAGAGUGGCAGAAAUAGCUGCAACAAUUCAAUCACAAAGGAGGCUUUUUUUGCAAGAACAAAUAAAAAGCUUGGACGACUCACAGACGCAGAGCGCUUCAGCCUUGUCUUAUUAAUUCAUUGGAGAUCACUUUACCUCCAUGAGCUUACAAUCAGAUCAGUAAUCUUAUUUUAUUUAAUCAGAACCAGCAAAUCUUUUCUUUUUUUAACACUCAAAUAGACUUGAAAGUUUCCCUUUAGUUCAACAUUGAGCUCUUUAUGGGGUAUCUACAUAUAUAAAAUAAAUAAAUAAGAAAAUAAAUAAAUUAUUACAACUUUUAUUAAAUGGAAAUA